AAAAGCUCCUACUACCAGCAAGCAGGUGCGAAGCCGUGCGAUGUUUGUUUCUUUUUCUCUGUUUUGAUGUAAUUUCUUGUAAUAUCAAGUCAAAACACAAACUCUAAAGUCUCAGCCAGAUUUUGCAACGUCAAUUGUAUAGCAUUUGGGUGCUUGCCAGCUAACUGCUUGUGUUGGGGCAACUUAUUUUCAGCCUGUGCUUUGGCACGUUUAAAGGAUCGUACUUUGUAGCGAUUGAUUUUUCGUCAGACUGUUUGCAGUGUUUUACCAGAUAACUACAUUAAAAGAAGAUUCUACCAUUUGGUGAUUUCAGACAUGAGUCUCUGCAUCUGAAAAAACAUGUUCCCGGUUGUUGACAACAUCUAAAAACAUUUAUGUCCAAAGAAACCACUUUGACGAAAAUGAGCAUCAAUCGGCCUCUCACCCAGGUCCAACCCUACUGGAACAACUCUCUGGCCAUCCGGCAGGAGAUUCAGCGAUUUGAGAGUGUCCACCCUUCCAUCUAUGCCAUCUACGACCUCAUCGAGUCCAUCCCAGAUCCAGCUCUUGGCCAGCAGAUCAGGGACCACGUUGUCUGCAUCGAAGAUUCGUUCGUGAAUAGUCAAGAAUGGACGCUAUCGAGAGCGGUGCCGGACUUGCGUCUGGGCAUUGUCGGUUCCCUGGCGUCGGGUAAAUCGGCGCUGGUCCACCGUUACCUCACCGGCUCCUACAUGCAGGAAGAGUCGCCAGAAGGCGGCCGAUUUAAAAAGGAGAUCUCCAUCGACGGCCAGUCGUAUCUCCUCCUCAUCCGCGAUGAAGGCGGAUCCCCCGAACUCCAAUUCACGGCCUGGGUGGAUGCGGUCAUCUUCGUCUUCAGCCUGGAGAGCGAGGCCAGUUUCAACGCCAUCUACUCGUACCACGCCAAAAUGGCGCAGUACCGCAACGCGGCCGAAAUCCCCUUCAUCCUCGUCGGCACUCAAGAUGGAAUCAACGAGGCAAAUCCGCGGGUGGUGGACGAAGCCAGAGCGCGCAAGCUGGCCUCGGACCUGAGGCGAUGCUCCUACUACGAGACCUGCGCCACCUACGGGCUCAACAUCGAGCGCGUUUUCCAAGAUGCUUGCCAGAAAAUUGUCCAACAAAGGCUGAAUCCACUUGGAGCACCAUCUGCUGGCGUGGUAAAUACAGCGGCGUCGCAACGUCCGACGACGCCUAAUCACUAUUCGCUCGGCCGGCACUACAAUCAACAACAGCAACACACGAGCGGCAGUACGACGUCGAUCACGACCGGUGGCGGGGGAAGUGUCGGUGGUGUCUCUGGCGGCGGCGGCGGUUACCCCGGAGCGGCCAGCGGUUUCAGUUCCUCGUCACUGGGUUCGGUCGUGGCCGGCUCGACGUUAGGCCCAGCUGGAGCCGGCUCCAUCGGCACGGGUCACAGUAGCCUGGCCGGCUACAGUAACAACGUUGGCGGUUCGGCUCUCAGCGGCAGCGCGCUCAAUCUCCAUUCGUCGUCGGCCAAUUCCGCUAGUCUCAAUACCAACGGCGCCCUCGCCGCUCGAGCUGCUAUGCCUCCGCCUCCGCCGCACGGUACCUACGUCAAUCACUACCCCAACCUCAAGACCGGUGUCGCCGGCAGCGCCACGCCGCGGCGGACCAACAGCAAUCACAACGUGACGGGCAACAACAGCAGCAGCGGGAACAGUAGCGGCAGCAACAGCAGCAACAACGCCGCCAAUAACACGGUCGUUUCCAGCGGUUCGACCUCCUCGUCCGUCGGAGUCGCACCUCCCGCCGAGAAACAUCUCAACGCCAUGGGUCCAACAUCGCAGAGUUCGCAAUCCGGCAACGCCCUGGGAUCGGCCGAGAGUUUGGCGCUGCUCCGCAGCACGCCGCCUUCCACCGUCGACACGCUCACAGUGCCCGGCAAAGAUAAGGACGGCAAGGAUUUGCCGACGCCCAGCUCGACCCCGACCACAUCGAGGAAAUCGCGUCGGCGGUCGAAUUUGUUCACGCCGUCGUCAUCCAAGAAGGAGGACAAAGAGAAAAACGACAAGGACAAAGCCAAAAAUAGCAAUGGCGGAGGCGAGUUGGGCAGCGGUCGCGCCAUUCCCAUCAAACAAGGUUACCUGUACAAGAGGUCGCACAAUGCGCUCAACAAGGACUGGAAGAAGAAGUACGUCACCCUGGGCGACGAUGGCAAACUCACCUAUCAUUCGAGUCUACACGAUUACAUGGACGAUUCGCACGGCAAAGAGAUCUCUUUGCAGUACGUGACGGUCAAAGUGCCCGGGCAGAAACCUCGCGGGUCGCGUGGCACUCAACAACAACAACAGCAGCCCACCGCUGGGGUUGCGUUGACACCUGGGCUGGUUCCAGGUGCUAACGGAGUCUUGAACGAACCCGUCACGACCGGGUUUCCUGGCAACAAGGAUAAACGUACGGAAAAGAACACGGUCAUGCUGACGGCGUACGAAGUGCUGAAAGAUCCGGUUGGUCGCAUGCUGAUGGGUAGUGGAAAUGGAGGAGAUGAUCCAUCGUCACAGAACGCCAUUAACGGCGGAAUAGCCGACAAUAGUGCGAAAACGGAAACGCCCAGCGUCAAGAAGAGGCACAGGCGGAUGAAGAGCUCGAGCAACAAAGCCAACGAUCUCGAUGAUUGCGAUGGAUACGAAUUCCAAAUCGUUUCUUUGGACAAUAAAAUCUGGCAUUUCGAGGCGGCCAGCGUCGAAGAGCGCGAGGAGUGGGUGACUGCCAUUGAACAUCAAAUCCUCAGCUCACUGCAGGGAAAUGAAAGCAGCAAAUCCAAAUCGCGGAUGAACAGUCUGGUCGAUGCCGCCUCCAUCCAAUCAUUAAGAUCGACAGUCAUCGGCAAUGCAAACUGCGCUGAUUGCGAUGCUCCUAAUCCCGACUGGGCUAGUUUGAAUCUCGGAGUUUUGGUGUGCAUCGAAUGUUCGGGCAUCCACCGCAAUUUGGGAUCGCACAUUUCCCGAGUUCGAUCACUUGAUUUAGACGAGUGGCCACCUGGACAUAUCGCCGUCAUGCUCGGCUUGGGUAACACGCUCAGCAACAGUAUAUGGGAGGCAAGGAUGAGAGGCGUGAAACCAGGACCGCAAUCGAGCCGAGACGACAAGGAGCGUUGGAUUCGUGCAAAGUAUGAGCACAAGGAAUUUUUGGCACUGCCAUCGUCUUCGGGCUCGCUCGGACAGCAACUCAUUGAUGCCGUCUGCCGCUCCGAUCUGAAAAUGGUGGCCUUGUUGUUGGCCCGAGCCGGACCAGAGGACGUCAACUGUAGCGUGGCUGUCCGGGAUCUCCGGACGCCUCUGCACCUGGCGGCUACCUUGGGAAACUUGGCUCUAGUCCAGCUCUUGCUCUGGCACAACGCCAACGUCAAGGCACUGGACCAGGAAGGCCGCACAUGUCUAACCUUUGCCCGAGUCAGCAACUCACCCGAAGUGAUUGAGCUGCUUAUUGCCAACGGUUGUCCAGAGGGACCGGCCUCCAUUUCCAGUUUCAGUACCCUGAACCGUCGCAAGACCAUCAACCUCACUAGCACUACCAACUUGAUGGGCAAAGCUGAACAGGGCCUCUAAUGUUUAACGGCCUGUGUUCAGCAACCGACAGCCAGUCACAGAACGUUGUUCAAUUUGUCAAACACAACUGACACGGACACUAUUUGCAUUUGUUUUUAUAGAGCAAACAAUCACAUUUUUUGUUGUUGUCACCAUUUCUAUUUUUUUCUCCCCUUGCCACAAGUCCUUUUGGGUUUUGGGAAUCCAGAAAUGAGUUGCAAACACAUGUACCAGUUCAAUGUUUGCGUUGUAGGAAAGACAAUUCCGUCCGUCAGGCAUUUAUGCCCGGAUUUGUCUUUCAGUGAACAGUUUUUUUUAUUUCCUUUUUUCUUUUAUUUCACAUUGUUCUCUCUAUAUCCCCGUACUCACGUCGAAAUUCAUGCAGCACUGACAUGCACGUCAUUUAAAACACCAGACUCUUGUCCCCUUUCACUACCCCACUCUCCGACGUGUUACUUUAAAGGGAAAAAAUGACAAAAAUUGAAAAAUGACAUUCCGUCUCUUAUCGGGUUUUUAUCCACGUUAAAUUAUAUGCCCUGUAGGAUAAAGUGAAAAACUCCUUGCCUCGCUAUCCUUUCUGAGAUUGUGUUGUUUUCUUUUCUUUUUCGUUGACCAGCAACCAAUUGUUUGUUUGUUUAUUUCUCUUUUUCCUUUAGUUUGGAAUCGGCUAAGUGUCUAGUUAGAUGGUUGAGUGGUGUCUAGCACUCGACGUGAAAAGGAAUGGCACAAAUUCAGUGAAGUGGCAAUCUAUUUAUAUGAUUGGUUUGGUACAGCCCUUGAUAGAAAAAGAUAACAAAAGUUUGGCGUUUAAUCGUGUUUCUAAUUUGUGGUGUGCGUAUGUGUGUCUGUAUGUAUGAGUCUGGCCCCGUAUGCGUUAUGAAAAGGAAAAAAAAACAAAGAAACAGGAGAAAGUUAAAGUUCAAUAAGAUGUCCUGUCAUUGUUA